AUGGCUGACGCAGAUUACAUCGAAAGAGAGCACAUAGAAGCGACAGCAGACGGCACCUACAAAAUCACCACCCACAUAAAAAUCCAGAACAAAACUGUGAUUACCAACCCAGACAUCGAGAGACGUAAAACUUUACCAAAAUUCGGUGACUGUAAAAAUCUAUCUAAAGGAGACAUUGAAGGUUCCAUAAAUAUCGAAGACAAAGAAGUUUUCCUACAAAAAUCAUCACAAGUCAGAGCUGAAGAAAAUAUUACCAAGUUCAAUCUUAAUAGAGCCCAUAAAGAAAAACUUGACGCUCUGACAAGGAGAGAAAGAGCCAUCAUGUCAGGGGAAACUGAAGAACAAAAAACAAGGAGACCAAUUGUCACUGAAAGAGAAGAAUUUAGCGUCAAAGUGUCAAACUUGCCUGAUAAUAUUGACCAAGAUGUACUGCAAAACUUGUUCGGGACUGCUGGAAGGGUAAGAAAAGUGUUUAUUCCGAGGGGAAGGGAUGAUAACUUGCCAAGAGAUUUUGCGUUUGUCCAUUUUGAUACCAAAGCGGAGGCUGAAAAAGCUAUAAAACAGUUUAAGGAUUAUCCGCUUGGGCAUCAUAUAUUGAGUGUGGAGAUGGCUGAUAGGAGAAAUCAGAGAAGAAAUGUGCCGAUGAGUAACAGAAGAGGAAGAAAAUAA